CUGGCGCGGCCACGGCUCCUAACCGUGUGUGGUGCUCUACACGCUGACAGCCUGCUUACGUCUGCACAUAGAACGCCGACAAUAUUGUAAAUUCUCUUGCCGAGACAGUUGAUGGUAACAGGGAGAUUCAACUGGCCUUUAGAAUGUAGAGGGAGGGGACACAACGUUUUGAAAAUACAUAUUUAGUAUGGCGGAUAGAAAAUGUCGACCGCUACAAAAACAGCAAUAUGAUACAACGUCACUCCGGCUGAGCGAGCCGCACAUCAGAAUGGAAUCUGCUCAAGCUGCUCUACCGCAUCUGCCUUCAUAACAGCAACUAUUUUCAUGGAAGAACUGGAGUGUUAGGCCUAUCAUUAACGUCAGAGAAGAAUAUAAUGACUUGCUCCAAUAGAAAAUACAUUCAUUUUAGGUGAUCGGCUAGCAUUAAAAUAUUUCACGCCUGGUGAAUCACAGUCAAUUGAGAACAGGUACGAGGAGCAUCCUGACAUUAUGGUGUAUUUCUGAAUGGAUUUCAUCGCCUGUUUUCACUAGGACUUUUUGCAGCGUCGCAAUACACCGCACCAUGGAAAUCUGACUGAUCUGUUACCGGGCUUCAAAUGCUUAGUCGGUGAAUGGGAUGGAGAUGUUGUUUACAAAAAGGCAGCAGACAUCUCUGAGAUGUUCUCCACAGACGGCAGCAUCACAUUUGUUAUUUUAAUACAUCUGGGGAAAUAAGCAUUUCCUCUUCGAAGACAGCAAUGUCAUCAACAACCCGGAGUAGUUUUGUUGUUGACUGAUCUUACUACGGAAAAUCAGCACUUGCCUCUGCGUCAAGCAUCGUUUAUGUAACUGAAGUUGGCUGUCCAGAGAAAUCACUCCCUGGGCUCCUGAUUGGCCUUCUGUACCAUGAGCUCUGGCUCCGCCCAGGAUGUGGCGGUGGAGCAUUUCCUGCGUGACAUAGAGAGGCGUGGCCAGCGGCUUCACUGCGCUGUGAUUGGCUGUGAGGAGGAGCAUCCCCGCGGCGACAUGAACCUGCUCUACCGCAAAAGCCGACUGGACUGGAGAAAUCGAGACCAGGAGAGCAGCAAGAAGAGCUCCAGUCAUAAGGACGCGUCCUCUGCCACGGUGGGGAAGGUGCGGGACUUGGCCUCGUUCCGCCGCCAUUUCCGCAUGGGCUUCAUGACCAUGCCGGCGUCGCAGGACCUCUCCCCCCACUCCUGUGCCUCGGCCAUGGCGCCGCGCUCGCAGUCCUGCCACGCGGUGGGCGCCGGCGAGCCGGGCGGCGGCCUGGAGAACGGCGACUACCCGGGGGACGACGGCUCGCACCAGGGCCAAGGGAACCGCUGCCCGCCGGCCAAGCCCAAGCGCCACCCCAGCACGCGGCUCAGCUCCACGCCCCAGCAGGAGCACCCGCCCAGGGGCGGCAUAGGGGGCAUGGGUGGGCACCCGCCCUCAGAAGCGCCGCCACCACCGCCGUCGUCGGCCCAGUCCAGCCAGGGCCACCACUCGUCCAGCAAGCACGGGGAGAAGAAGAACGCCAUGAAGAAGUCGGAUUCGGGGGAGAUGGCGAGUAAGAAGGUUCCGCCGCUGAAGCCCAAGCGGAGUCCGAGCACGCAGCUCUCGUUCGACCCGCCGCCGCCACGCAUCCCGCCGCCGGCCACGCCGCUGCCCUUCCAGAACGCAGAGUCGUCGGCGUCGCCGGGCGAGCGCGGCCUGGACGACGAGCCGGUCUACAUCGAGAUGGUGGGGCAGGUGUUCACGCGCGAGAGCACCGCCACGCCGCACCCGCCGCUCACGCCCUCGGCCACCACGCCGGACUCCGACUCGGACCCGGGCGAGGCCAUCUACGAGGAGAUGAAGUACCCGCUGCCGGACGAGCAUGCCCACCACCACCGGCGCCCGCCGCUGCGCCACGAGCGCCUCAAGUCCUCCUCUUCCUCCUCUUCCUCCACCUCCAAGGCCUACCACCACCACCACCACCACCACCACCCCCACCACCACGCCUCCUCGGGGGGCUCCUCGGCCGGCGCUCCCACCUCGGCCGCCUCGUCCCCUCUCCCGCGUCCCUCCUCCUCCUCCCCGGCGUGCUCCUCGUCGUCCAAGCCCAAGGCCACCGUGUCCAUCUCGCACUCGUCCCCGCUGCCCUGCGCCUCCUCCUCGGCCUCCUCCACGCCCGUGCCGCUGUCGUCCACCCACCCCCCGCGCGCCCCCACCCCCUUCCUCCUGCAGGGCGGCAAACCGGAGCUGGACUCCUCCUCUUCCUCCUCCACCAAGAUCCCCGCGCCCUUCCCCAACCUCCUCCAGCACAAGCCGCCCCUCCUCGCCUUCCCCCAGCCCGCCGCUGCCUCUAGUGGGGUGGCGGUGCAGCACAAGAGCACCUCCUCUUCCUCCUCCUCCACCACCGCUGCCUCCUCCUCCUCCGCCUCCAAGAAUGCCCAAUCCUCCGCCUCCUCCUCGUCCGGUGGAGCGUCCUCCUCCUCCGUCGGCGGCGGCGGCAGCGGCUCCUCGGGCUCCUCCAGCCUCCCCGCCUCCAAGGAGUCGUCCGGGGGCUCGGGGGGCGCGCAGGACAAGCAGCAGGCCGAGAGGAGGGAGGCGCAGCUGGGCCCGGCGCCUGGACUGAGAGCACGGAGUCACUCCACGCCGCUGCCUCCGUCCUCCAAGUCCUCCUCGCCGUACUCGCACCACCACCACCACCCGCACCACCACCCGCACCACCGGCCCUCGCACUACCACCACUACCGCAAGCCCGACAAGGAGUCAGGCAAAACCUGCUCCUCCGCCACCUCCUCCUCCUCCCAAAUCACGGCGCAGACGCAAACACAGGGCAAGGAGGGGAAGUCGGUCAGCUUCCUGCUGAAGUCCGACAAGCCGGAGAGGGACAGAGAAAGGGACAGAGAUCGAGAUAGGGACAGGGAUCGAGACAGGGACAGGGAUCGAGACAGGGACCGGGAUCGCGAGAGGGAUCGGGAGAGGGACGCUCAGUCGUCCAGCCUGGGUGACAUGUCCACCACCUCGCACGCCUCCAGUACCACCCCUACCCCGACAUCUACCUCCACCUCCUCUUCCUCCUCCUCUCAGCGGCCGCACUCCCGCCCCCACCUCCACCGCUCCCACACCCCCCACGCCCUCUCCCACGGCCUGCCCGCCUACAAGCCCCCGCCGGCCGACAGCCCCCUGCUCUGGACCUACCCCUCCGUGGGCUUCCGGAGGCCCCCGGCCUACGACAGCCUCAGGGGGGGGUCCCAGUUGCCCUCCCUGCACCAUGACCCAGGCUCCAAAGGUGGCAGCAGCGGAGGUGGGGGUGGUAGUGGGCCGCCGUCCCUGCAGGGCAAAGCGGGCUUCAUGCCCUGGGACGGGAACGCAGGGAUGGGCCUGCCGGACGACGUGCCCUACUGGCCGAUGCACAGGAAGCUGUCCUUCAGUCACAGCAGCAGAGACACAGAGAAGGAAGAUGGCAGCAUGUGGAACGGCGGCAGUGACGGCCUGCUGAGGAAGGAGAGGGACGACCUGGCCCUGGGGUUGCGCGGUGGCCACUCGGGCAUCCCAGUGCGCACUUCCAGCCGGGCCUUCGGCCACAGCGAGAGCCUGGCAGGGGCGGACGGGCCGCCCGGCUUCAGGGCACUGAGCAGAGGGAUGCCCUUACCCUGCCAGACCUUCCCUGCCUGCCGGAACGGAGAGCUGGCACGUCUGGGCAGGUCGUCCUCCACCUCUGGGGUGAGGCAGGUGGGCGGAGGUGACGUUCAGAGGCAGAGCAGCCUGCCUGCCAAGGAUGCACUGAGCCAGCUCCAGGCCCAUGCUCUGGCGCAGGCCCAAGCGCAGUCUCCCUGCAGCCCCUCGCUGUCGCGCCAGCAGCAGCAGCUCCACCUCCACCAGCAGCAACUCCAGCAGCAGCUGCAGCACCACCACCUGCAGCUGCAGUUCCAGCACCUGGCCCAGCUGGCGCAGGGGCAAGCCCUGGCCACCGGGGGCGCCGCCAUCACCGCCGGCGCCAACCCCGCCUCCAUCGUCUCCGGCACUGUGGCUGCGGCAGCCGCAGCGGCUGCCGCCAGUGGCGGGACCCAUGCGCAGCGCGACGGCAAGCUGCUGGAGGUCAUCGAACGCAAGCGCUGCCUCUGCAAGGAGAUCAAGGCCCACCGGAGGCCGGACAAGAGCCUGUGCAAGCAGGACAGCAUGCCCAUCCUGCCCAGCUGGAGACGGACCCCCGAGCCUCGCAAGACGGGUACCCCGCCCUGCCAAAGGCCCCAGGCUGUGGUCUGGGACACAGCCAUCUGAGGCAGAGAGGGAAAGAGGGUAGUAGAAGGACGAGAGGUGGACACGUUUACAGUUGAGAGAUGAAGGAGAAGAUUGAGAGAAAGGAAGAGAGAGUGAGUUAACUGAGAGGGUGAGGGAAUGGAGAUCACAGCACUCAUUGAGGUUGUGACUGCUUCUGUUGGCUGUGGAAGGGCCGGGAGUAACAUGUGCCAUAAUUACUGAAUAAAGGACAGAUGAAAUAAUUAAAAAAAAACCUAGUUCAAAACUACUGAUUCUCACCUUCUUUUGGAAGAAAGCAAAACAAAUGAAGAAGGGAAAUUACGUUUACAGCAUUGCAUAUUCAUACUUGAUGCCUAUCAUGAACUUUCAAAGUCCCUAAAGUCACAUACAAUGUGAAGGACGUAGGUAGAUAAUUGAUCCAAUUGAGCUUGGGGUGGAUGUUAAUGCAUCCUUCUCCCUUGUGCUCAGAAGAGGAUGUAUGCUGAACCUGGCAAACCCCUGAGGAAAGGACUGCAAUUAGUUUUGUCAUUUCUCCCUCGGUGACUGUGCGCGUCUAUUGUUCGACUGGUCUGCUCAAUGUCCUCCCAUCGCUGGUCCAGACGGAGGCCUUCACUGAGCGUGGGUGGAACCACUACAGCUCCAGCUUCCCAUCAUCCCACUCAGAGCCUAUCGGCUCUGCCGUCCUGCUGCUCUGUUGUGUGUGUGUGUGUGUGUGGGGGGGUGACUCAUGAUCUCGAAGAACGAAGAACUGCCACCGCUCAAGUCUGCUGGACCUCUAACAUCAGCAAUUUGGUACAUUUUGAAGGUCGUUGGGAUGUUAGAAUGUUAAAGUUGGUCGUAAUGCAAGUGUCUAGUUGUAGCAGCGCAUCAUUGCGUCGACAAGCACAUAGGAUGCAGAGUUAUAGGCCUGACUCCCACAGAGAUCUGACAAAUACACCACACACACACUCACUCACACACAUAUACACACACAAAUACAGGUUUAUAUAGACACAGACAAAAACAGACACACUUAUACAGUGUCAGACACAUUUGAUAAUCAGUGAGCUGGAAUUCCUGAGUUCUUGUUUAUGACUGGGUCAAGGUUAGUGUGAAUGAUUUCCUUUAUGUCUGAGUAUUGUUCGAGUGCCAAAUAAAUUAGGCAUACGACAAGUAAGGAUAUACUACCUAAGAGUUUCCAUAUUUGUAGUAGAAAGAUAUAAUAUAAAUAAAUAAACAUAUCUCUAAAAUGUUUCAGAAUAGUCUACACAACAAACACAGAUACAAACAAACAUAAACAAAAACAUACUCACAGAUACAGAUGGAUAACAAGGAAAAAUAACUCUGACAACAUUCAGAGCCUUUUUUGUAGCAAUAUUCUCCCCCAAAGUCAAACGUGACUUGGCAAGCUUGGGCCCCGAGUCUGAUUGUUCAACAGCUUUCUAAAAUCAGCCAUCACGCUCAACAUCAGUUGGAGAUCACUGGCCACCCAGGCGCCUCUGAAGGCCCAGUGGCUCCAAGUUUGUACUGGACAGGGAGUACAGCUUUUACAAAUCAAAACUCACGUCAGUGUAUGGAUUCAUAUUGGUGUACAGCUCCAGUCUGUCAUGCAACCAUGCAUAAGGCUAAAACAUCACAAUUCACUAACAACAGCACUGUGACAUGGGAUCAGCCUGGUUUAGGCUCCAAUGGAAGAAAUGUAAUGGAUACAAGCAGGGAAUUGUGGAAUUGUGGAGUAAAAAGAUACUAGCACGCUAGACAUGUUAAGUCUUUCAUACACAGUGCAGGCACCGCGUAAUAUAUUUAAAGAAAUAAUAUAUGUAUAUAUAUAUAUAUAUAUAUAUAUAUAUAUAUAUAUAUAUAUAUAUAUAUAUAUAUAUAUAUAUAUAUAUAUAUAUAUAUAUGUAUGUAUGUAUGUAUAUCUCCUCACCAGUGGCAGAGUUCAUAUUUGCAUCUUGGGAAGUUCCCAUUACACACAAGCUGCGCUCCCUAGUUUCCAAACACACGUAAACACCCACAAACGUGCAUACAAACACUUAACCACCUGCUGAAUUCGAUAGAUCGGUAUGCAGUAACUCACCUCAAACCGAAUGCUGGAACAAUCCGCACAAAAUGGAAAAAAAGAAUAAAUAAAUAAACAUAACAUAUGCUUAAGAAUAAAAAAAAUGACAAAUCUUAAAACUGUAAAAUAGAUAUGUACAACUGUAUUGAAAAUUAUGUAGCAAUUAUUUCCACUUUCAUAUUUGUAAUCAAUAAAUAUAUUGUAGCAUAUAAUGUAUAAAAGUACAAUGUGUUUAUUUGUUUUAUAAAGGAAUUUAGUAGUUUUAUCUGUGGUAUCCUGUCUACACUGUACUGAACGGUUCAAUCAGUGAAAGGCAAGCCCUCUGGACAAAGGCACCGAGACACACAGAUCUCAUGCUAUAUUUAUGCAAACCUCCCUUUAAGCGGUACUACUAUUGUUGCAUUGAAACCCUUUUUUAAACACGUUUUUAUUUGUGUACAGGUAUGACCAACUGGGUUUGAUCAUUGUUUGGACAUUUUUGGAAUACGUUGCUGCUAUCUUGAACUACAACUAUUGUUAUCAGUGGGGAAACAUUUCCCGAUAAUGUGACCACUUUUCUCUCUUGCUGUUGUUCUGUUGGUUUGUUUGUUUAUUAUUAUUAUUAUUAUUAUUAUUAUUAUUAUUAUUGUUUUCCUUUAUUUUAAGCCAAGUGGGAUGAAGUUUGUAGUAAUUAUUAAGGAGUGGAUACUUCUGUACAUGUAAUAUGGGCACAUGAAUGUUUCUUGGUUGUUGCUGUGGUGGUUGUUCUUAUUGUUGUUGUUAUUUUCCAAUAGUUAGCAGCACCCACCUGUACAGUUCCAAAACACUACGACAGACAUUCGGGAAGGAGACAGUGUAUCAGGGUUACCAGAGUAUCUUAGUUAUUACAAGACCACCAGGUUUGAGCUGACCGUUUUGAAGCUGUGCUCCAAAAAAUGGCCUGUUCCAUAAGGCUGCUAGUCAUAACGUCAUAUUAGCACCCACACACAACGGGAAUAGUGAAAGGGUAUACCAUUUCCCCCACACAGCCACAGUACUGGAUAUACAGGGAAGAUGACCACAAAGGAAAAGGGGACAGUUGCAAUGCAUGCUGGGAUUCCUUAGAGGAAUCGUAAAAAGACAAAAAAAGACAAAAAAAAAAUCAGUGAGAUUGGGACUAUUAUCCUGAUCCAUAAUCGUGCCCAGUUUGUACUUCAGAUAUUCUAAGUAAUCAUCUAGUAAUGAUUUAUUACGAUGAAGGGGUAACUUAAGUAUUCUUGAGAAACAUAGUUUACAGAAGCUGUCGGCUUUGCGUGUCUACUUAAACGGUGGCCAUAUUAUGAGUGCCAUAAUAUAUUGAUAUGGUAAGAUACGGUGUACCUUGGAAAUCACUGUAGUGCUAUAUUUGCAUUGAUAUCGUCAUGAAAUAAAUUUUAUAUAAUGAAUAGGA